AUGUUUUAUUAUUUAUAUCUUAUUUGUUUAUUAAUAAAUUUUAUUUCAACACAACAACAACAACAACAACAACGAAAUGAAUGUUUUCUAUUAAAUAAUAAAUUAAAUAAAUAUAAUAUUAAGAUAAAUAUAGUAGAAAAAAAUUUUUCAGGUCUUCUUUUAUGUAAAAAUCUUAUUCAUAAUUAUUGUUGUCCACAAACCUAUGAAAAUCAUAUACAAAAUGCAACAGCUAUUGAACUUUAUCAUUUAUUUGAAUUAAAUACAAUUAAUUUAUAUGAACAAUUAAUUCGUUUAGCUAAUGAUUUAAAUAAUACAAUUAUAAAAUUAAUUGAACUAUCUCGUAAUGAAACACAUCAUGUUUUACAACGUGUUUAUAAUAAACUUUAUCAAUCAUAUUAUUUAUCUAUAGAUAAUUUUUUUAAUAAUCUUUUAAUAUUAACUUAUCGUACAUAUCAACAUGAUAUUAAAAAAUAUACUGAUGAAUUAUUUCGUAAUAUUUUACAUAUAUCAUUAACAUUAAAUAAUAAUAAAUCAAUAUUACCAAUAUAUUUUUCAUGUUUAUGGAAAAAUCAUCCAUUUGGUAGUCAUUUAAAUUUAAUUGAAAAUCAAUUAGAAAUUAAUUUAGGUAAAAUAUUUAAAUUAAAUGAAUUAUUUAAAUUAAGUCAUGAACUUGUUCAAAUUUUAUCAACGAGUGUUACAACGGAUUAUCAUUGCAUUGAUUCAUAUAUGCAAUUAUCAUAUUGUAAUUUAUGUAGUGGGCGAAAUGAAUUACCAUGUUUAUCUAAUUGUAUGAAUGUCAUUGAAAGUUGUCUUGUUAAUAUAACAUUAAUUGAUGAUAUAUGGAAAAAUUUUAUUGAUGCUAUUGAGAAUAUUGCUUAUUUUAAUAAUAUUGAAAAAGUUUUAUCAUCAAUUGGUUUAUCAAUAUCAGAUGCUGUUAUGACCUUUUUUAAUUCGGGUGGAGUUGAAAAUAAGAAUAUCAUCGAUCAAUGUGGACAUAUACGUAUUCGACGUCAAACAUUUUCUAUCGAUCAAAAAUUUGAUGAUGAAUAUAGUAAAACAUUAUCAUUAUCUGUGUUAGAUCAACAACUAAUUCAUAUGAGUCAAUCAUUACAUACAUAUCGAUUAUUUUGGAUGAAAUUACCUGAACAAAUUUGUAAAUCAAAAGGAAUUUCAGAAUUAAAUGAACGAAUAUGUUGGACAGGAACUUCAAUAUCUCAACAUGGAAAAUCUUCUAUUCCAUUACAUUAUGAUAAACCAUUAAAUUUAAAAUUACAAUGGAUUUUAAAAGAAAUGAAACAAAAAACACAAACAAUUGGAAAUAUACAUCAAAUUACGUCAGUACUCAAUAUUAAUUCAACACCAAGUUCAUCAAUAGUAAAUGAAUCAAAAAUAGAUAUUAUUAUUCAAAAUUUUACAGAUACAUUAAGACCAACUGAUUUUGAUGAUUAUCCUAAUGAUAAUGAAUUUGAUUAUUCGGAUUAUGCAUAUGAAGAUUUCACAGAUGAUAUAACUACAACAACAACAACUCGUCGAAAAACAACAACAACAACAAUAACUACAACAACAACAGUAACAACAACAACGACAACACCAACUACAACUACUCCUAUUGAUGAUUAUAUAGUAUUUGAUGAUGAUAAAAAUACUGCAUAUUAUGAUUAUGGUGAUCAUGAAUUAUAUAGUGAUGACGAAUCAGAUGAACUCUCAACUACUGAACAACCAAUUUUAAUAACAACAACAAAACGAAUAACAACAACAACAUUUAAUUGGAAAGAUCGAAUACCAUUCUAUCAUCGAAAACCUCCUAUUAUUUGGAAUGUCAAUCGAGAUAAUAAUGAUGAAGAAAAAUUAGAAAAACAAGAACAGCAAUAUAACAGUGGUUAUUCUCAUCAUUAUUCUCUACUGUUAUUACUAACUAUGUUCAUUACUCGAUUCUGA